AGUAGUGAUUGUGAAAUGUAUAGUCCUCAGCAGCCCGCGGUAACGGCAUAGAGUUAAAUAAGAGUGUAAAAGGAUGAAUCCGGGUGGUCGCAGACUGAAACAGUGGCUUAUAGAACAGAUAAGCAGUAACAUAUAUAAUGGACUGCUAUGGGAGGAUGAGAACCACACCAUGUUUCGAAUCCCUUGGAAACAUGCAGGAAAACAAGACUACAACCAAGAGGUGGAUGCGUCCAUCUUCAAAGCGUGGGCGAUAUUUAAAGGGAAGUUUAAGGAGGGAGAUAAAGCUGAACCAGCGACAUGGAAGACCAGAUUGCGCUGUGCACUCAACAAGAGCCCAGAUUUUGAGGAAGUUACUGACCGAUCCCAGCUUGACAUCUCUGAGCCUUACAAAGUGUACCGGAUUGUGCCAGAGGAGGAACAGAAGUUGGGUAAAAGCACAAUCACUGACAUUGACCCCACUGUCACGGGCUGCUCACCAGACCUGGAUGGACCUACUAAAGAGUCUUCAAAUGAGGAAUACAUUAGCAUCCUGAAGCGUAGUCAUUCUCCCCUGGAUGAAGGCAGUAACAUGAUUUCAGUGCAGGAAUGGUGGCAGCAAGGAUCUCACAAUGCCACUGUUAUUCAUCAGGAUCCUGCAGGGACAUUCAGUGCUGCGUUCUCUCAGAUGAUGAUCGGUUUCUACUAUGGAGGUCGGCUGGUUGGCAGCAUGGUUACCACUCAUCCAGAGGGAUGCCGUAUUUCCCCCUGUCAGCCCCCUUUGGCUAAUGGCUUCUUGUAUGGACCAGACAGCCUCCAGAACAUCCGCUUCCCAUCCAUUGACCUCAUUGAGAAUGAACGCCAGCGUCAUGUCACCCGUAAGCUCUUCAGUCACUUGGAGCGUGGCAUACUGCUGCGUGCCAACCGAGAGGGCAUCUUUAUCAAGCGUCUGUGUCAGAGCAGAGUAUUCUGGAGUGGCCAGGAUACUCAGUACAACCCCAACCCUGGCAAACUAGAGCGAGAUGCUGUGGUGAAGAUCUUUGACACUGCCGGGUUCCUGCAAGCACUGCAGUUAUAUCAAGAGGGUCAUUGUCACCCUCCAGAGCCCACCAUCAUGCUUUGCUUUGGGGAAGAGUUUAAUGAUUUCAGCACUGUCAAGAGCAAAUUAAUCAUUGUGCAGAUCACAGCAUUGAACUGUCAGCAACUGGUGGAUGCAGUGACCGCCCGGCGAUCCCAGUAUAGCAGUGGGAAUUUGGAGAUCUCAGAUGACAUGGCCAGUGAUCAGAUGGCUCGUAUAUAUCAGGAUCUAUGCAGCUACCCGGUUCCCCCACAAGCUUCCUGUUUCAGGGACAACCUGCCGAUUCCAGUCUGAGGCAGAACUCUGAACCAGUCUUGUCUCAAAUAAUGAGUCAGUUCAUGUUCACAACCCAAAAUUAUGCUUUUACAUUGCCAUUACAUAAAGAAAACAAUUGACCUUUAGGUGUGCUAUCUGUGUAUAGCAUCCUGUUCUCUCAAGGCCGAAAACAGCAUCUGACAGUAGGUUUGCAAUGUUCUCAGGGAUUAUGUACUCAUUUGUUAGAGUAAAGUGAAUUUCUUUUUUAACUCUGUAUAGAUUACUCUUUUUUCAUUUAUUUUGCCCUAAACAUUUGAAAUUUCUCUGUUUAUUUCUUUUUACUAUGCACUGUAAAGUUGAUAGGUUUUACUAUCUUUCAUUUUUAAAUUGAUUUUUAUAUUGAUUUAUAUGCUUAAUGCUAUUCUUUUUUAGAAAUGAGUUGAAUGCACAAUACAUUUUAUAUAAGAAAUCAAUAUAUAAUUAAAGAAAUUACUUUGAUAA